CUUUGUCUGGCGCGAAUGGUGGUCUCCGGAGAUCUUUAUCAUCAAGUGGAAGGUGAUCUGGUGUUGAAGCCAGAGAAGUCCACAGUGCCUGACCCCAUCACAAGCAUCCUAUGGAAGCAUGGGAAGAACAAGGUGGCAGAGUGGUACAAGAAUUAUGGUCUGGACAUCUAUGGUACCUUCAUAAACCGUACAACCCUGGACCAGACUACUGGAGAGCUGAGAAUCAGUGGAUUGAUGAAAACAGACAGUGGAGUUUAUUCUGUGGAGUUCAACAGCAAACUGCUUGACAAGACAUAUAUACUGUCUGUUAUCAAGGCAGUACCCAAACCCACAAUCACUUCUUCCUGUAACGCCAACCAAACCUCCUGCACUCUGACCUGUGAAGGGGACACCACUGAUGCUGAACCAGUCACCUACAGCUGGAAAGAGGGAGAGGAGCCGUGGGUUGUUGGAGGAAAACUGCUGAUUAUCUCUAAGAGCAACACUGGCAAUUCAACCAACAGUUACAAGUACAUCUGCAAGCUGAACAACACUGUUAGUGGGGAAGUCAGUGAGCCAGUUGGAGAGGUGUUUGGUUCAGAUCUUUAUCAUCAAGUGGAAGGUGAUCUGGUGUUGAAGCCAGAGAAGUCCACAGUGCCUGACCCCAUCACAAGCAUCCUAUGGAAGCAUGGGAAGAACAAGGUGGCAGAGUGGUACAAGGAUUAUGGUCUGGACAUCUAUGGUACCUUCAUAAACCGUACAACCCUGGACCAGACUACUGGAGAGCUGAGAAUCAGUGGAUUGAUGAAAACAGACAGUGGAGUUUAUUCUGUGGAGUUCAACAGCAAACUGCUAGACAAGACAUAUACACUAUCUGUUAUCAAUGUAGUACCCAAACCCAAAAUCACUUCUUCCUGUAACCCAGACAAAACCUCCUGCAUUUUGACCUGUGAAGGUGACACCACUGAUGCUGAACCAGUCACCUACAGCUGGAAAGUGGGAGAGGGGCCGUGGGAGGUUGUAGACAAACAGCUGUUUGUCUCCAAGAGCAACACUGGCAAAUCAAACAGCAGAUGCAAUUACAUCUGCAAGCUGAAGAACGCUGUUAGUGGGGAAGUCAGUGAGCCAGUUGGAGAGGUGUUUGGUUCAGAGUAUCUUUAUCAUAAAGUGGGAGGUGAGCUCGUGUUGACGCCGGACAAGUCCACAGUGACUGACCCCAUCACAAGCAUUCUAUGGAAGCAUGGGAAGUACAAGGUGGCAGAAUGGGACAAGGAUUUUGGUGGUCUGGACAUCUAUGCUGCCUUCAGAGAGCGUACAACCCUGGACCAGACUACUGGAGAGCUGAGAAUCAGUGGAUUGAUGAAAACAGACAGUGGAGUUUAUUCUGUGGAGUUCAACAGCAAACUGCUAGACCAGACAUAUACACUAUCUGUUAUCAAGGCAGUCCCCAAACCCACAAUCACUUCUUCCUGUAACCCAGACAAAACCUCCUGCAUUUUGACCUGUGAAGGUGACACCACUGAUGCUGAACCAGUCACCUACAGCUGGAAAGUGGGAGAGGGGCCGUGGGAGGUUGUAGACAAACAGCUGUUUGUCUCUAAGAGCAACACUGGCAAAUCAACCAGCGGAUAUAAUUACAUCUGCAAGCUGAAGAACGCUGUUAGUGGGGAAGUCAGUGAGCCAGUUGGAGAGGUGUUUGGUUCAGAGUAUCUUUAUCAUAAAGUGGGAGGUGAGCUCGUGUUGACGCCGGACAAGUCCACAGUGACUGACCCCAUCACAAGAAUCCUAUGGAAGCAUGGGAAGUACAAGGUGGCAGAGUGGGACAAGGAUUAUGGUCUGGACAUCUAUGGUGCCUUCAGAGAGCGUACAACCCUGGACCAGACUACUGGAGAGCUGAGAAUCAGUGGAUUGAUGAAAACAGACAGUGGAGUUUAUUCUGUGGAGUUCAACAGCAAACUGCUAGACCAGACAUAUACACUAUCUGUUAUCAAGGCAGUCCCCAAACCCACAAUCACUUCUUCCUGUAACGCCAACCAAACCUCCUGCACUCUGACCUGUGAAGGUGACACCACUGAUGCUGAACCCGUCACCUACAGAUGGAAAGUGGCAGAGGGGGCGUGGGAAGUCGGAGUAAAACAGUUUAAUGUCUUUAAGAGCGACACUGGCCAAUCAAACAACGGUUACAAGUACAUCUGCAAGCUGAAUAAUGCUGUUAGUGGGGAAGAGGAAGUCAGUGAGCCAGUUGGAGAGGUGUUUGGUUCAGAAGGGAACCAUGAAGAGGAGCUCGGAGUGGGCAAGGGGGAGGCUGAUGAAGCAGCAGAGAAGACCUGAUUCAUCAAGUAUCAUUAACCCCAAUCAAAUAUUCAAUGUCAUUAAAACAUGUAUCCCAAUUUACAGUCAAGCAACAUCGGUCAGUUGUGUUAAUGAUAUGAACUACAAACCGUCUAUGGUUCUUGGAGUCAAUGAAUCAAUUGAAAGUAGACAUUUUAAAACUGUGUCAGUAAAUAUGACAAAAAAAAGUCAUCUGCUCUUAUGGUUCUGUUUACAUUUCUUCAACACUUCAAUCCAACACUCUUGCUAAUGUUUGACGUCAGGCAAAACGGAGAGCUGCUGGUUGGCAUUUUUGUCUGUGUGGGUGUACCAGGAAACGACGUUAGAAGUUAUGUCUCCAUGAUAUCGAAGCUUCUUACCAUCUUCACUGCAGCCCAGUCGAUAUCGAUUUUAAAAAACAGGAACAAUAGAUAUUGUGUAGCACAUAGUAGCAAAACAUUUCACUGGAACAACUCAUUUGCCUAUUGUUCCAACAAAUGUCAAUUAUACAUGUUUACAUGCGUCAGAGUGCAUUUUAUUUUAUAGCUCUGCUUUCAACGCCAUCCUGACCCACAAACUGGUUAGCAGACUCAGGGCUCUGGGUGUAAAUCCUGUAAUAACAAAUUAGAUUUUUUUACAUUAUCUGUGUAUCCCCAGAAUGGACCCAUGGUACACCUGAUCACCAACAGUCUCAGCAUAAGCAAAACAAAGUAAAUGGUGACACUUGACCGUUCUCCCAUCUACUGUACAUUAACAUGGAGAUGAUCAGCAGCUUCAAGUUCCUGGGCACCCUGAUAUCCUUUUCUGACCCUCAGUUACUUCAAUCAUUCCCACUUGUGUUUCUCCACUACCCUCAAACUUGCUGCACCACGACCUAUGUACCAAAUACAGUGUGUUUGUAUUGCCAUAACAUGUACAUGAAAUGUCCAUAUUUACUGUAAGAUGUGUUUAUGGUAACAUUGCACAUUGUAACAUAGUCCCUUGACAUACAUGACUUAACUACUUUGCAUAAUUCUCAGUUUACCCACUCUAAGAAAUCAUACAUAUAUAUUAAAGCUGCAUUAUGUAUUACUGUCCAA